AUGGCUCGACCUAAGAAGGACCAGAAGCCCGUCGUGCCUGUCCCGGCCGUCCCUGUCGCGCCGCAACUGCUUGCCCAGGCACCUCCUCCGCCCGCCAUGCCCCAGGCCAUGCCAGACGGCAGCGCUGGCACUCUGGUCAUCAACAAGGCCGACUACGCUCGACUUCGAGACUCGGUUCACGCUCGUCUCUCUACCAUCCAGGAGCUCCUCAGGGAUUUUGCCGCAGACUACCUCCGCCAGAGCAAUCUUCUGCUGGGUGAGCCGACCUCUCUGGACAGCGUCCCCAGUCUCGGCGCUCUCGCUAGACUCGACCACGCUGCCCUGGGUUUCGCGCCGCCGCCCAUUGAGGCCGUUCCCCAGAUUGAGGAGAAGAAGGAGCGCAAGAAGCGCCAGCAUGACCCCAACGCUCCCAAGCGACCCUUGACCCCUUACUUCCUGUACAUGCAGACCGCUCGCCCUAUCAUCGCAAAUGAUCUUGGCCAGGAUGCCCCCAAGGGCGCUGUUCAGGAAGAGGGCCAGCGCCGCUGGGCUGCCAUGACUCCUCUGGAGAAGAACGCAUGGAACAACGCUUACCAGUUCAACUUGCGUCUGUACAAUGCACGUGUGCACUCGUACAAGGCCGGCAACGUCUCUGCCAGGGAUAUGAGCGAUCAGGAUGCUCUUACCUACGCCGACGCCAACCAGAUUGCCCAGCCCACCCUUGCUGGUAUUGAAGAGGCCGGCGCUGGCCACAACGACCAGGAUGCCAUAGUAGAACAGCUCCAGAUGUCUGCUCCGAUUGCUGCUCCUGCUGUGCCUGAGGAGGUGACUAAGACUCCCAAGCCCAAGGCUACACGCAAGCGAAAGAGCACUGCAGCUGACGGACCGGAGGAGGGUGAGGCGAGCGCAGUUAAGACCGCAGCCGCGACGCCCGCCAGCCCCGAGAAGAAGCGCAAGCGACAGUCCAAGGCAGCAGAGCCCGCGUCUGAGGAACCUAAGAAGUCCGCACGCAAGAAGAAGAGCGCCUAA